AUGAAGGCCUUAAUCAGAAGAGAAUUCCAGACCUCAAGGUCCAACGAACUCAAAGCUCGAACAAAUGAGAAACAGUGGACAGUGGCACUCUCCGACACAGCCGACUGGCCAAGAAUCAAAGCCGUUGCUGAGUUUAGACUACGUACCGAACACGAUUGCCUGGCAAAACACCUUCACAGAUUGGGAGUAUACACUCAACCCACAUGCCCUCUAUGUAACCUACAUGAGGAAAUGGAGAAGACCCACCUGAUUCGGUGUCCAGCCCUAAAGACAACGACGGAAAGCCAGAGAUACUGGGAAGCAAGAAGACAGCUAAUGAACUGCUAUUAA